AUGAGGGCGAGGGGGGCGGGGGGUUGAUUGUGUGAUACCGUUGUGUUUGUCCUGCUGCCAUUUCAUCGGAAAUAACAACAACAAAAUAAGCACCGCAGCAUCCCAUUUAAUAACGACGACGGUCAAUGCGUGCUUUCAAUGGCGCUCAAUGAUCGUUUUUAUGCCAAGCACCGCUGAUAACAUGUUUUCCUUGUAGAUUUUAAAGGCAUCGUCGUCGACAUGGGGCUUGCUUUUGACACAUAUUGAAGCAUCCAUUUCAAAGAACUGCCAUGGACACGAUAUGGCUUUAUCAGUUUCGUCUCAUUGUCAUCGGGGACUCCACGGUGGGCAAGUCGUGUUUGAUUCGCAGGUUCACCGAGGGCCACUUCGCCCACGUGUCGGACCCCACCGUCGGGGUGGACUUCUUCUCCCGCCUUCUGGAGAUCGAGCCGGGCAAAAGGAUCAAACUCCAGAUCUGGGACACUGCCGGGCAGGAGCGGUUCAGGUCCAUCACCAGAGCGUACUACCGCAACUCGGUGGGUGGUCUCCUGCUCUUCGACAUCACCAACCGCCGCUCCUUCCAGAACGUGCACAACUGGCUCGACGAGGCGCAGAGUCACGUCCAGCCGCACAGCAUCGUCUUCUUGCUUGUCGGUCACAAGUGUGACCUGGAGGCUCAGCGCCAGGUGACCCGACAGGAAGCCGAGAAGCUGGCAGGGGCCUACGGCAUGCAUUACGUUGAGACGUCGGCGCGAGACGCUAUCAACGUGGAGAAGGCGUUCAUGGAUCUGACGAGGGAGAUUUUUGACCUGGUGCGGAGCGGCGAUAUCAAGAUCCAGGACGGCUGGGAGGGCGUCAAAAGCGGAUUCGUACCCAACAUCGUCCAUUCUUCAGAAGAGGUGACCAAGAGUGGACGGCAAUGCCUCUGCUGAACUCUUAUGUCUUAUUUCUUUGGACUCCAUCUUUGGGAGAGCUGCCUCGCCAUUGACGGUACAUGUUUGACCCCCACCCGUUUCCUCAAAUAUUUACAUUUUGCAGUAAUACGCUUUACUUCUCAUGUGCUGCUUGGUCACAACUACAUUUCUAAGCACAAGAAGCCUUCAUCUUCACAUUUGCUUUACUGCUUUUUGGGGGUCUUUCUUCACAUGCACUCCAAAUGUGGACAAAUGUUGAAUGACUAUUUAUUACAACUACUGUCAUAUAAAAUCAGUGAGCCACUUCAUAUAACGAUAUAUAGUCAGAAUGAGGCAACACCUUUACUAACUGCACAAUAAAUCCAAGUGGCUUGACUAUGAAACAUUAUUCAAGUCACACUAAUGAGGGGGGGAAAGUACAGUACAACAAAAAAGUGGUGAAAUUACACAAAUAAAGUGGUAAGAUUCUAGGAAAAAAAGUAGAACAUUUUUCAUUCUGCAAGAGUAAAAGGCGUAAUAGUACAAAUUGUAAUAUUCAAGAGGAAAAAGUUGAAAUUUUAGGAGAAGAAAAUCAUUUUUAUAAGAAUAACUGUAAAAUCUGACGGGAAAAGCAUUUAAAUUUUGUUACAAAGACAAAAAUGUGAAAUUACAAGAAAAACACAGUGCUAUUUUAUCAGCAGAGGUCAGUUUUUCAUGAUUAAAGUCAUAAUAUUAUGAGAAAAAUGUAACAUUACAAGAACAAAAUGUGUAUUAUAAGAAACAACAUAGAAUUUUACGAAAAAAAGUCUUGAUUUUACAAUAAAGUGAUGUGAAAACAACUACAUUUUACAUAAAUCAGGUCAAAAUAUUACAAAAACAUUGUCAAUGUUAAUGACAAAACUAACAAAAAUGUAAUAUUACAAGAAAAAAAUAACUAAAAACUUUCAAUUCAAAGAGAAAGUUGUGUAUUUUUUUUUACAUAGCAAAAAACUACACAAGAGAAAACGUCAUAAUAUUAAAUGAAAAAAAUGAGAAUAAAGUUGAGAUAAAAAUAUGAAUUUAUUAUUUAAAAAUUUGCCCUUUUUCUUGUAAUAUUACUACUUUAUUUUUUAGUCGCUAUUCUUCUCCCAUGCAGACAGGCUUUUGGAACAGUCAAUGAAAGCCAUGAUAUUUGUUUGUUUGUGAUGAACAGGAAAUAAUGCAGAAUUUUGACCGAUUUGUGGUUUACCGGUAUUUUAUUUAAGGUGAAAGAAUCUCUUUUGAGUGCCUUGUGGAGGAAAGAAACGUUUGUGUACAGUCAACUUUGUUUAGCUAGCGUAAGUUAAAUGUAUUUAUGCUUGAAUAAAAGUUGAAACCUCAA